AUGGAAAUAGGUUUGCUUCUCAUUCUUCAAGAUCAGGAAGGAGUAUCCCAUCGUCAGAUGCCAAUAACAUUCGCUUGUGAUACGACAAUCAAAGAGUUGAGCAAGGCGAUCAAUUCCUUUUGGUGUAUUCAUCAAAAUUAUCAAGAAUUAUAUCACAACGGGAAGCAGAUUAUAUCGCUAAAGUCGACAUUAAAACAAAUUGGUGUGAAGGACGACGACGAGAUUGUGAUCAAGCAUUCACACCUCGGCCACUGGAACGCAUAUCUCAAUCGUGUCGAAGAAUUCAAGAAUGCACAAGUAAAAAAGACAAAAAAAAGUUCUGCGGAGAGUGCUCAACGAUUUUAUGAUCUGCUUCUUGGAUCUUCAUUCUUCACUGUUUAUCCAAACUUCGAUAUCGCAGUCACUAAGCACCACAAACCAAUCAGCAAGUAUUUGGAUAAGCACACCUACUGGAUACAGAAUGCUGCAAGAAACUUCUUCGCAUUGUCCAUGUUCAAAGGGCAGAACCCAGAAAUUGAAUUCGAAGAAACAAACGAUGGAACGCGUUCGGCAGUGAUAUGCAAGAUCACAGUGAAUUCGAUUACCCACAAAUCUCGAAUUAAAACCAACCACAACGCCGGAGAAUGUGGUCAAGCCAGACGUUGGAACCUCGAUCUCAUCGAGCUUUAUUGUUAUAAACUUCUCGAUUCGAUUGGAGUGGGUCCUAACAUUGUAUUUAUUCCGGAUUGUGUUGCAUCCAAAACGAUCUUGUAUAUUGGAAGCAAGUGGUUAGCAGAUUUUCAAUCCUUCAACUCGACUGAAGAUGUUAAUACGACUGAAAUCUCUCAUGCUGUCGUUCAAAUCCAUUUCUUGGCUGUAUUCCUUUCACUUGGCGACAUGCACGAAGAAAAUUUCGGAAUCAAUGAAAGCUGCCAUCCAAUAAUAUUGGAUUUUAUGAUGUCGAAUUAUGGCGAUCCCAAGCACAAAUUCUUGCACGAGGACAAUGUUAUUCGUUCAAUCCGAGCUCGCGAAAUAUUGCAUAAUUGUGAUUCGACUACAAGACUUCAAAUUGUCAAAGACGCUAUUCGGAAGUGGAAUCUUAUUGACAAGUUGGGCGAGGUUCUAGAAUUGAUGUGCAAAGAAAAGGAGGAUUUUGGUCUAAAAAUGUUGGACUUUGACAAGAAGAUACGAGAUUUGGAGGAGUUUGUCGAAAAAGUGAGAUCAAAUAUCCAGGAUCUGUCUCGCGAAUGA